UGUAUGUGUUAGCGUAUUUUUGGUACAACACGAAGUUGUUCUUCAGUACAGCUUUGAGUGGUAUGCUUAGUGUUUCUAACGCUCAGAGUUGCAGACAUCGCAGUCAUGAAAUUUCAAAUAAACUUUUCUUUUCACCAGACGUAUGCGUAUAAACGAUGAGAACGUGAAAUAUUUUACAUGUGCUUACGUCCAUAGUUCGUCGCCUAAGAUUUGUCUGAAGUGAACAGCUAUGACCAUAACGUAUCAUUCUGAAACGAUUGGUUAUAGGUCUCAGAGUUAUAAUUAGUUUACGGCAUUCUGAUAUGGUUCUAUUGAAGAUAGACUACGUCAGCACAUAAUUUUAAAUUGUGCGUUCGUCUUUUUCCGUUGUGGAUUUAUUAAUUGUCAAGUGAUUGUUCCAUGAGAUAGCUGGAAACAAAGGCAGUUUGGACGGAUUUUAGAACAUCUCGCUACUACCAGCCAGGCCAUCAUGGCCACGGGCAUCCCCAGCUUCAAGGUGAUCCUGCACGGCGAGUACGGCGUGGGCAAGAGCUCCAUCUUCCGCCGCUUCAUGAACGACACGUUUACACAGGCCACUGGGAAACAGUCUACUAUAGGCCUGGACCAGUGCACACGCACCAUCGACCUGGGCUCCCAGAAUGUCAAGCUCACUCUGUGGGACACGGGCGGCAUGGAGCGCAUGUCCUUCAUCGGCUCCAGCUACUACCGCGGCGCACACGCGGCCCUGCUCUGCUACAGCGUCAACAACAAAGACACCUUCUCCAUCCUCUCCCAGUACAUCCUGGACAUCGUCAUGAACGCCGAGGGGGCCAAGAUCUUCCUUUGCGGCAACAUGACCGACCAGCUGGGCCCCGAGGGGUCAGAGGGCAACGCGGUCACGGACACAGACCUUGACCAGUUCAUGUCCCAGUGCCAGGACGUCCUGUCCGGCGUGUACCGGGUGUCCUGCAAGGACAGUUCUGGCCUGGAGGAGAUGUUCCGCGACAUGGCGCGUGUUCUGCACCAGGACACCAUGUCGCGGAUGACGAUGAGGAGAGACAUGAUCAGGCCUGGAGAUACUCCCGAGAGGGAACAGACUACUGAGAAGAAGAGAUGUUGCUGAUGGCCGCUUCAGUAACUGGAUGAAUUUCUUGUUUUUAAUCCCACGCACAGAUCCACAGUUGUCAAUGUCGCAGAUUGCCAUGUCUGUUGGGGCCGUGUACUGUGAAUCCUCGGUAUAACGUAUUCUUGUGGGAUCUGAAAUGUGUCUGGUGUGACCAUGGUUGGUUGUAGCUGUGAUAUUCAAGCUCAGCUAGGACUUGAUACCACAGAGAAUACACUAAAUAGCCGACUGUGUGCUAUAUUAUAAGGCAUUUAGGCCUACAUGAGGUUUUACUGCAUAGUAUACAUUAUGGCCUAACAGUGUCAUCGACGAAGACAAGACAACCUUGUUUACUUUACAACAUUUAUGGGGUAUAAGUAUGAAGUAGGCACAGUACUUUGUGGAUUAAAUUCCAUUGUGCAACAACUAAAUCACUCACAGCUGAUUUUUCGUUGUUUUAAGUUGCCUUCUUAUUCUUGGCCAUAAUGUAUAUUGAUAAACAAUGGCCUUGUGUUGGUGAAUAAAGCAGUCUGAUGUCCAGAGAAUUAUGGAAGUCGAAUGGACUCAGAACUCAAUAGGUUACCCCCUACUGCAGCCGAACUCAGUAAGGUUGUCUGAAGUGGAAGGAAAAAUCUGUUGGAUUGGAAAAAAA